AGAGUGCUUGUUAAUAUCAAAACACAAUUAUAUUAUUCGAGCAUGAGGUGGACUGAAAAACCAAACCAGAAUAAAAUAAACAAUAAAAAAACCUCUGAUAAGAAUAUAGCUAUUGGUCGGUUGUGGUAUUAUUUGAAGAAAUAGAAACAUAUGCAAGCUGUGGUAUUACUCAUGCUUAGAGACUUUAGGUUUGUAUGUACUGUUUAUUUGGCUCUUCCAAAUUUGUGACAUGUGCUUAUAUAUAUGGACAGAAUAUGGUACCUGUGUUCCACCAAAGCUGCAGCGAGGUUGUUGGAAAAUGGGACAAGAUAGUCUCGGAUAAAGGGUCCUCAUGUGAGGUGGACGUUUGGCCUGGACUUGUGAGUAUGACUGCUGAUGUGAUCUCUCGUACUGCUUUUGGCAGCAGCUACAAAGAAGGGCAGAGAAUGUUUGAGCUCCAAGGGGAACUAGCACAACUCGUCAGACUAUCUUUUCUGAAAGCUUUCAUCCCUGGAUAUAUUUAUCUCCCAACAAAGAAUAAUAGAAGGAUGAAAGCAGCAUCCAGAGAAAUCCAAGUUAUACUGAGAAGGAUCAUUAACAAAAGGUUAAGGGCUAGAGAAGCUGGAGAAGCACCAAGCGGCGAUUUGCUAGGUAUACUUCUGGAAUCAAAUUCAGGGCAAGCUAAAGGAAAUGAAAUGAGCAUUGAAGAUGUGAUGGAGGAGUGUGAGUUGUUCUAUUUCGCUGGACAAGAGACAACGUCAGUUCUUCUGGUCUGGACAAUGGUUAUGUUAAGCCAACACCAAGACUGGCAAGCUAGGGCACGAGAAGAAGUGAAGCAAGUUUUUGGCGAUAAAGAACCAGAUACAGAAGGCUUGAACCAGCUCAAAGUGAUGACCAUGAUACUAUAUGAGGUCCUUAGGCUUUAUCCUCCCCUACCUCAGAUGACCCGAGCCAUUCACAAAGAGAUGAAGCUAGGCGACCUGACACUGCCAGGAGGCGUUCAGAUCAGUCUACCUACUCUAUUAGUCCAUCGUGACACACAGCUAUGGGGCAGCGAUGCAGCCGAGUUCAAGCCCAAGAGGUUCAAAGACGGUGUCUCAAAGGCAACAAUGGGACAAGUCUCUUUCUUUCCCUUUGCGUGGGGGCCAAGGAUCUGCAUUGGCCAGAAUUUUGCUAUGAUGGAGGCAAAGAUGGCUCUCGCUUUGAUUCUACAGCGAUUCUCCUUUGAGCUCUCUCCUUCCUAUGCUUAUGCGCCUUACAUAGUCAUCACAUUGCACCCACAGUUCGGUGCUCAUCUUAUCCUACACAAGAUAUAGUUCUGUAACGGAUAAACCCCUUUGGUUGUGUUGUUGUCAAAGAAACUUGUAAUACACUGAUGAAAUAAGUCCAGAUCAUAGUAAAACUCAAAGUCUUGGUGCUUUUGUAAUUUAUUAUUAAAAAAUAUUAUAAAUUAAUACUAAUUUAACUUUGAUUUAUA